GUCCGGCGGCAGUGGCUGGAGCUAGGAGGGGACGUAAACUAGGGCGUCCUGCCCCUCUCCGUAUAAAAACUGCCGCGCCGGACGGCGAGAAAGUGAAAGAAAUAUCAGUGGGGUAACCGGGAAGAGAGCGAGCCGCAUCCUCCGCAGCUUCUUCGCUUAGCGUGAGCCCUUCGAGUUCGGUACGCCUGGCGCAUCCGAUCGGUCCGACCCGACCUUCUUCGGAAUCGACACCUGUACGCGACCUGCCUGCCUUCUCCGUUUGGCGCUCGGAGGCUGCGUCUUUCCUCUCCGUGGAGAUAAUAGGCCCGCGUUGCUGAAGCGAAAUCGUCAUGAUUUUUCAGAUGCUGCUGGCCACUUUAUUGCUUUGCGCUCAUGGAGCCCGGGCGUUACGGCCGUACGAGCCGCUAGAUGAGGAUUCGAAUUCGGGAAUUCCAGCAGUGCAUGCGGCUCCGGCCUUCGGGGACGGCAAGACUCCACAGGACGACGUACCCACGCAGGAAGACGACAUGAUGGAAAAUGGAAACACGCCACUCACGCGGCAGCAGGCGUACCACUUCUCGUACCAGAUUAGGGACGCUGACGGCAACUCGCAACAUCACAGCGAGCAGAGCGACGUGAGAAACAACCGCAGGGGCUCCUACGGCUACCGGGACGCGAACGGUUUAUACCGCCACGUGACGUACGUGGCUGACAGGAAAGGCUUCAGGGCGUGGAUCAAGACUAACGAGCCAGGUACCACUAACCAGGAGCCUGCCGACGUCCGCAUAACGGCCGAGAAGCCACCUCAGAAGGUCGUCGACGAAGCUACGUCACCUCCGGCGAAACCGAACGUCGUCGCCGAUCCCGCAGACGCGGUCCCCGCUAGACCUGCGGUCUCAGCCGUCCCGGCUUUUACUCAACCCGAAGCGGUCCCCUACCACCCCGUCCAUACUGCGGGUGUAGGUGGCUACACCCGCCGUAGCGGCCGUGCCCUGCUUUCCACGUAUCGGCUGCUGGAGCGUACGAACUUUCCCGGCCAGUGGCUCCAGUGCCAGCCAUCGACAUCGCCACUGGCGCCUACCCGACGUACGACUCGAAACGGUUGUCCGGCGCUGGUUACGUUCCCACUGACUACAGUAGCCAGAGCGCAGUUCCUGUUCAUGAUUACCAGAGGGUGCCAGAGGCGGGCGUUGCCGACUUCGAGUACUACCCGGAGCCUCAGAGGAUACAAAAUUACGCGGACCCAGACGGAGUACAGGGCUACGCGUACGCUCCGCAGUCUUCGUACUCCAACCAGGCUGUACCCAACGCCGUCCCUGUUUACAAGUCGAUUCGCCAGUUCCCGACACUGAGCUCGUCUACGGAGAAGAGGACCGGGGACUCGGGCGAACUCACCGAGAAGCACGGGAUUCCCGUAGGCGUCACGUACGUUAACCCGCAGGACGUGAGCCGCCCAUUCGACCGACCACAGCCGUUCGAUAUCGCCCCGACCGGUGUGGCUUCGAGGUACAAGAAGUACCUCGACUGGAACCGCCAGGGCAAGCUUCGCGACUAAGUGCCUGUCGUGCGUGGUCGCCGGCGACGUCGCUUGUAAAUAUUCAUGCCCUGGUGCGUAGUCCUGUCUGCGGGCUGUUUCUCGAUCGUUAUACUUUGCAUGCGUGGGAUUUUUGUUUUUUUCUGGCGCGCUUUGUGCUGGUACAACAAGGCCCGCCUGUGUCUGUGUGCCAUUGUGUUGUGAUUGGUCUCAUCGGUAACAGUCGGCGUGAAAUGUUUGCUCAAAUGAGGCAGCGAUGUUGUUUCAAUAAACCUCAAUUCAUGUUGUGCCAUAUGAA